AUGGGUUCCAGCAGCAGCCUUGAGGAGGUGCAGAGCUCCAAGAGUCGACGGAGGAGCCGCAGCCCCAGGGGCGAGAGCGCGCCGGCCAAGCCCAAGUCCACCCCGGAGAUCGAGCAGGCGAAGCUCGAAGCGCUGGAGAAGUUGAGAAAACUCCAGUCCAUCGAGCCAAAAGAAGCGAGGGCGAAGGAGUGGAGAGCGCUGUUGCGGGAUUGGCAUCCGGAUAAAAACCCGGACAAGAUCGAGGUGGCAAAGGAAGUCUUCCAGUUCCUGCAGAAGGGGAAGACCAUUAUCAAUGUCUGA